AGCUCUCGCGAUAUCGCAACCCGGAAGUCUCACGGCCGGAGUUGGUGGUCUGGGAACCCACGUGGGCUGGGUUUCAGAUUGCUCUGCUGGUUCGGCCCGCUGGAGUGCCCACCCGGGCCUAGUCGCCAUGGGGAAGCUGCGCCGGCGGUACAACAUCAAGGGGCGCCAGCAGGCGGGCCCCGGCCCCUCGAAGGGCCCCCCCGAGUCGCCCCCCGUGCAGCUGGAACUGGAGGACAAGGACACGUUGAAGGGAGUUGAUGCAAGCAAUGCGCUCGUUCUACCGGGGAAGAAGAAAAAGAAGACCAAAGCCCCUCCCCUGUCAAAGAAGGAGAAGAAGCCUCUGACCAAGAAGGAGAAGAAAGUGCUGCAGAAAAUCUUAGAACAGAAGGAGAAAAAGAGCCAGCGAGCAGAGAUGCUACAGAAGCUGAGUGAAGUCCAGGCUUCCGAAGCUGAGAUGAGACUCUUUUAUACCACUUCCAAGCUAGGCACUGGGGACCGCAUGUACCACACCAAAGAGAAGCCUGACGAGGUGGUAGCCCCGGGCCAGGAGAAGAUCAGCAGCCUCAGCGGUGCCCACCGGAAGCGUCGCCGCUGGCCCUCAGCUGAGGAGGAGGAGGAGGAGGAGGAGUCAGAAUCAGAGCUGGAGGAGGAGUCGGAGCUGGCCGAGGACCCGGCUGCUGAGCCGGCUGAGGCUGGUAUGGGGACCACCGUGGCACCUCUGCCGCCAGCUCCAGCACCCAGCAGUCAGCCCGUGCUGGCUGGGAUGUCUGUUCCUCCUCCUCCAGCUGCAGCCCCACCACUGCCCAGGGCCCUGGCUAAGCCCGCUGUCUUCAUCCCUGUGAACCGCUCCCCGGAAAUGCAGGAAGAACGGCUGAAGCUCCCAAUUCUCUCUGAAGAACAAGUAAUCAUGGAGGCUGUGGCCGAGCACCCCAUCGUCAUCGUGUGUGGGGAGACCGGCAGUGGGAAGACGACACAGGUGCCUCAGUUUCUCUAUGAAGCAGGCUACAGCAGUGAAGACAGCAUCAUCGGUGUCACGGAGCCCCGCCGAGUGGCCGCCAUGGCCAUGUCCCAGCGAGUGGCCAAGGAGAUGAAUCUGUCCCAGCGGGUGGUCUCCUACCAGAUCCGAUAUGAAGGAAACGUGACAGAGGAGACCAGGAUCAAGUUCAUGACGGAUGGUGUGCUGCUCAAAGAAAUCCAGAAGGACUUCCUGCUGCUGCGGUACAAGGUGGUGAUCAUCGACGAGGCCCACGAGAGGAGCGUGUACACGGACAUCCUCAUCGGCCUCCUGUCUCGCAUUGUGACUCUCCGGGCCAAGAGGAACCUGCCACUCAAGCUGCUCAUCAUGUCAGCCACGCUGCGCGUGGAGGACUUCACCCAGAACUCGCGGCUCUUCGCCAAGCCGCCACCAGUCAUCAAGGUGGAAUCCAGGCAGUUCCCAGUGACUGUGCAUUUCAACAAGCGGACGCCGCUGGAAGACUACAGCGGCGAGUGCUUCCGGAAGGUCUGCAAGAUCCACCGGAUGCUGCCCGCAGGUGGCAUCCUGGUGUUCCUGACGGGGCAGGCUGAGGUGCAUGCGCUGUGCCGCAGGCUCAGAAAGGCUUUCCCACCCUCCAGAGCCCGGCCACAAGAAAAGGACGACGAUCAGAAAGACUCGGCGGAGGAAAUGCGGAAGUUUAAGAAGUCGAGGGCCAGGGCCAAGAAGGCGCGGGCCGAGGUGCUGCCCCAGAUCAACUUGGAUCAUUACUCGGUGUUACCGGCAGGCGAAGGCGAUGAGGACAGGGAGGCAGAAGUGGAUGAGGAAGAGGGGGCCCUGGACUCCGACCUCGAUCUGGACCUGGGGGAUGGCGGGCAAGAUGAAGGUGAGCAGCCGGAUGCCUCCCUCCCGCUUCACGUGCUCCCGCUGUACUCUCUGCUGGCCCCAGAGAAGCAAGCACAGGUCUUUAAGCCUCCACCGGAGGGGACUCGGUUGUGUGUUGUGGCCACCAAUGUGGCCGAGACGUCUCUCACCAUCCCUGGCAUCAAGUAUGUGGUGGACUGUGGGAAGGUUAAGAAGCGCUACUACGACCGUGUCACCGGCGUGUCCUCCUUCCGUGUCACCUGGGUCUCCCAGGCAUCAGCUGACCAGCGAGCGGGCAGAGCAGGACGGACAGAGCCCGGCCACUGCUACAGGCUGUAUUCAUCUGCGGUUUUUGGUGACUUCGAGCAGUUUCCUCCUCCAGAAAUCACCCGGAGGCCUGUUGAAGACUUAAUCCUUCAAAUGAAAGCUCUCAACAUUGAAAAGGUCAUCAACUUCCCCUUCCCAACACCCCCCUCCGUGGAAGCCCUUCUUGCCGCCGAGGAGCUGUUGAUCGCACUGGGUGCCCUGCAACCGCCCCAGAAAGCAGAAAGGGUGAAGCAACUGCAGAAGAACCGGCUGAGCUGCCCCAUCACUGCACUGGGCCGGACAAUGGCCACGUUCCCCGUGGCACCCCGCUACGCCAAGAUGCUGGCGCUGAGCCGGCAACACGGCUGCCUGCCCUAUGCCAUCACCAUCGUGGCCAGCAUGACGGUGCGGGAGCUGUUUGAGGAGCUGGACAGACCAGCGGCCAGUGACGAGGAGCUUGCCAGGCUGAAGAGCAAGCGGGCCCGGGUGGCCCAGAUGAAGAGGACCUGGGCAGGGCAGGGGGCUUCUCUGAAGCUCGGCGACCUCAUGGUGCUGCUGGGCGCCGUGGGAGCCUGCGAGUACGCCGGCUGCACACCCCAGUUUUGCGAAGCCAACGGGCUGCGGUACAAAGCCAUGAUGGAGAUCCGGCGCCUGCGGGGCCAGCUGACCACCGCAGUCAAUGCCGUGUGCCCCGAGGCUGAGCUCUUCGUGGAUCCCAAGAUGCAGCCGCCCACCGAGAGCCAGGUGACCUACCUGCGACAGAUUGUGACGGCCGGCCUGGGGGACCACCUGGCCCGCAGGGUCCAGAGCGAGGAGCUGCUGGAGGACAAGUGGAGGAACGCCUACAAGACCCCUCUCCUCGACGACCCUGUCUUCAUCCAUCCCAGCUCCGUCCUUUUCAAAGAGCUCCCGGAGUUUGUGGUCUACCAGGAAAUCGUGGAGACCACUAAGAUGUACAUGAAAGGCGUCUCUAGCGUGGAGGUCCAGUGGAUCCCGGCCCUGCUGCCCUCUUACUGCCAAUUUGACAAGCCCCUGGAGGAGCCAGCCCCUACCUACUGCCACGAGCGGGGGCGGGUGCUGUGUCACCGGGCCAGUGUGUUCUAUCGCGUGGGCUGGCCGCUCCCCGCCAUCGAGGUGGAUUUUCCAGAGGGCAUUGACCGCUACAAGCACUUUGCCCGGUUCCUGCUGGAAGGGCAGGUCUUCCGCAAGCUGUCCUCAUACCAGAGCUGUCUGCUGUCCAGCCCCGGCACCAUGCUGAAGACAUGGGCCAGGCUGCAGCCCCGUACGGAGAGCCUUCUGCGAGCCCUGGUUGCAGAGAAGGCUGACUGCCAUGAAGCCUUGCUGGCUGCUUGGAAGAAAAACCCCAAAUACUUGCUGGCUGAGUACUGUGAGUGGCUGCCACAGGCCGUGCACCCCGAUAUCGAGAAAGCCUGGCCCCCCACCACUGUCCACUGACCAGAGCCGAGGACUGGUUUGGGGACUGGAGGGAUGGCAGCAGCCUGUCACCCUACGACUGUGACCACCUGGCAUGGGCUUCAUGGCCUGCUCUCAGGAAGCAGGUCAAGCCCUGGGAACCCUCGUCCAUGAGAGCUUGAUUCCGUAUGAAGCGUGCUGCCGCCCGUGCCAUCUGGCCCGGGGGUGACUUUUUGAACUGUUUAUUAUAUGGUAGAUGAUGAUUUCAUCUCAUGUGCUGGACGCUGUUCUGUUCAGUGUGCUCUUUGGGCUACAUUAGUCCCCUGUGGAGCAGCAGGGCUGGAGGCCUCCAGUCCCUUCCCUGCCCGCCCUGCCAGAAGGCCGAGGAGGCACGUGGAGGGCCUCCUUCCUGCAAUUCUUCCCUCUCUAGAGUCAGGGAGGACGCCCAGCCCUGGCCUCAUGGCCGUUCCAGAUAUUAGGUGAGCCAUCGAGCUCUGCAUUGACCUUGAGGGGCCUGGCUGGGGGCCCCCAGGCUCCAUGCCUUCUUGGGAGGGUGGCCGCCAGCACCUUUCCUGUGUUACGGCAACAGGGAGUGGGCAUCUCGUCUGCCUGUGGUCAGCUCUCAGAUGGCAGGGAGCGGAGCUGACCUUGGCUGUGCUUGGUCACCGCUGCCAUGCCGCAGAGGAUGCGCCUAGCUGGGCUGGGGCCACACGACUAUUAUGUCGGCCUUGAAUGGGGACUGCAGAGCCCUCAGUUUGUCUCCCUUGUUCUUCUGUGGCCAAGGUGGGAGGGGGAGGGUGGGGUAGGUCCCCCAGCAAGAAAGAGGGACAGGAGCGCCCCAGGCAGGACCAAGGAGUCGGGAGGCCCCUGCCCUUCCGUCCUCCAUGGUGAGGGCACAGACGUCUCCCCAGAGCCCAGCGCUGGCAGGAUGGAUUCCGCUCCUGGCUUUGCUUCUGCGGCUUCGGUGGAGACAGUUAUGGAAUAAAAUGUUCCUUGCACCCAGA